AUGAGCGAGGCUCCUGCCCCCCCCGCCGGCGCCGCGCGCGCGGCACGCGCGCCGAUCGCGACGAUGCCCAGGCUCGCCAUGGUCGAGCGUGUGUAUGCGCAGCUGCGCCGCAUGCCCGAGUCGAAGACGCUCGCGCACCUCGUGCGCUUCCUCGGCACCUGGAGCGGCUCUGACAAGUUCUUUAUGAUCGCGCAGUACGGCACCGGGCUCUUGGUCGCGCUUCUGCUGGGCUGGCAGCGCCUGCGUGCGCGCCGCGGCCCCUCUGCGCUCGUGGCGAGCCUGCGUGCGAUCAAUGGCCUGACGGCGGAUGCGCGCAUCCUCUUCCGUAUCUGGGCCCUGCUGCCCAUGCUCCAGUGGAUGGUCCGCCUCGAGCGUGCCCCGCCGCCCACGCGCAACCUGCAGUUUAUCGAGCGUCUGCAGGCGCUGUCCAUGGUCGUGUACUCGCCCAUGGAGGCUGUUGCGUACCUUGCGAUGCACAAGAUCCUCCCGGUGACCGACGCUGUGCAAAAUUGGCUGUGGCUCUACGGUUGCCGCCUGUGGGCCGCGUACGUCGUGCUCGACUUUUGGCAUAUUAUCGAGGACCACCGCGUGCUGCGCUCGAAUGCCCGCGCCCUCGAGCAGAGCCGUGGCCACCCCAGUCCCGCCGAGUCAGAGAAGGGCAUGUCCGACGAACAGCGCGAGACGCGCCGCCUGUGGACGGGCCUGCGCGAGCGCAAGCGCAUGCUGCUCACGCAGUUCUGGGUCAACGUCGGCUACCUCCCGCUCACUGUGCACUGGUCGGUCGAGGGCGGCCUCCUUACGGAGGGCUGGGUCGGCUUCUUCGGCACGAUCGCGGCGUUUGCAAGCACGCGCCUGCAGUGGAAGGCGACAGCGUAG